AUUGAAAAGGCUAAACCUAUAAAAUGUGGAACUUUUGGUGCUACAUCUCUGCAGCAAAGAUACUUAGCCACAGGAGAUUUCGGUGGAAACCUUAACAUAUGGAAUUUAGAAGCUCCUGAAAUACCAGUGUAUUCUGUGAAAGGUCAUAAGGAAAUCAUAAACAGUAUAGAUGGUGUAGGUGGCUUAGGAAUUGGGGAAGGUGCACCAGAAAUUGUCACUGGCAGUCGAGAUGGAACUGUGAAGGUGUGGGACCCGAGACAGAAAGAUACACCUGUUGCUAAUAUGGAACCUGUGCAGGGGGAGAGCAAAAGAGACUGCUGGACCGUAGCAUUUGGCAAUGCUUACAAUCAAGAGGAACGUGUUGUAUGUGCUGGAUACGACAAUGGGGACAUUAAAUUGUUUGACUUAAAAACCAUGUCACUGAGAUGGGAGACCAACAUAAAGAAUGGGGUUUGCAGUGUGGAGUUUGACAGAAAAGAUGUAAAUAUGAACAAGCUGGUGGCCACAUCCCUUGAGGGGAAAUUUCAUGUUUUUGAUAUGAGAACUCAGCAUCCAACCAAAGGUUUUGCUUCUGUUUCAGAGAAGGUGCAAAAAUCUACCAUCUGGCAGGUUCGGCACUUACCACAGAACAGAGAUAUAUUUAUGACAAGUGGAGGAGCUGGGAGCCUUCAUCUCUGGAAAUAUGAGUACCCAGCCCAGCGCUCGAAGAAGGAUUCUGAAGGAGCCGAGAUGGGGGUGGCAGGUUCUGUCAGUCUCUUGCAGAAUGUGACUCUCUCAACGCAGCCCAUUUCUAGCCUAGACUGGAGCCCUGACAAAAAGGGACUGUGUGUUUGUGGUGCCUUCGACCAAACCCUGAGGGUGCUCAUAGUGACAAAGCUUAACAAAGUUUGACAGGAAAACUUGAAUUUCUGAUGAGAAAGCAGAACAGUCUGCAGCCUGUAAAUAUGGGAGGGAGAACCCUCCUCUUCCUAAUUUAAUUUCUCCCUUAUUAAAACUGGAUUAAAGAAAUAGAAACCAGAUCUUUCUAUUGAAAGUUGAGAUACAUGCAGUGAGAGCUGUCUGACUGAUUGUGCCGCAAUGACUUGUAGUUGCCUGGGCACAAAACUUUUACCUUGUAGAAAUGUGAAUUUAUCUUUAAAAUAAAAGGUGCCUUUGUGUUAGCUCAACCUGUAAUUUCAGAAGUCACUUUAAAUUGUUUGUGUUCGGUUUAAUCACAGUGCAAAUCUGUUCAUACUUGUUGAAUAGUGUGCCUUUUUUAUAUAUGGUAUUGUCCAUAUGCAUUCAUGC